AUGUUUUUGAGCAUUUUCGCUAACUAUAGUGAUUUGUUUUGUGGAACAUUUGCUUUGUAUUCUAUUGUAUGUCGUUAUGCCAAAGUGGGACUUCUUCCGAAUAACCAAGUAGAGGACACACAGGUGUCUAAUUACCAGCUGGGAUUGCUAAACCGCCGUCAUAUGAGAGCUUUCAACCUUAAAACUGUGCUUCAGCGGAGUCACUUUAUGAAGAUCUUCCUCUUAUCUACUACUUUGCUGGGAACUUCCAUGGUUAUCGGUGACGGUGUUCUCACCCCUUGCAUAUCUGUAUUAUCCUGUGUGGGAGGGAUCAAGGAACCUGCUAGCAGUAUAACCGAGAUGAUAAUCUUGAUUGGUCUUUUCAUGGUUCAGAGAUUUGGAACUGAUAAAGUAGUUUUGAUGGACAUGAUGCUUGCUGAAGCUAUGUUAAUGUUGUCUUUGCAGCUUGCAUAUGGAUGUGUUAAAGCAUUGGAUUUGGAUUAG